ACAUGCAUUCCCCCUUUUGCACUCUCUCCUUACUCCUUUCCACCUCAUCUACCAAUCCAUCCAUUCUAUUUUUCAUAUUCUCAUUACACUACUUUCUUUUACUUGAUCAAUAAAUCACUUCAAAAUCUCAUCAAAAAAAACCAAAAAUUCAAAUUUUCAAAAUUUGAUUAAAUUGUUGUGCAAUUAUAAACUUUAGCUUAUGAUUUGAUCUUAAAAGCAACAAUAUUAGUGUGUAAUGGAAAGACAAACAAACCGGGUCGUAGACGGGUUGAUCCCGGGUUACAACAAGAUCCGAAAAAGAAACUGUUCUUCAUCACCAACAACUUCAUCAUCAUCCAAGAUUCAUAAUUAUAAAUUCAAACGUGCAAUUAUGGUGGGCAAAACCCGGGUCGGAAACGGGUCAAGAUCCAGUACUCCGGCGCCGUCAUGGAGAAUGACCCCGUCAUCAAAAUCCAAACUUGGCGGCGCCGCAGGUAUUGACUCACCGAAUUUUGAUAAUUCCGGCGGCGGGAGGUCACAGCCGGUGUCGGCGAGGAAAUUGGCGGCUACCCUUUGGGAAAUGAAUCAUAUUCCGGCGCCGCAGAGUUUAAAACCGGCGACAAGGGUUAGAGAGAAAGUGAACCGGCCGGUUCAGGGUCAGAAUUCCGGUUCAUUGCCCCCGCAUUUGUCUGAUCCAUCUCAUAGCCCUGUUUCUGAGAGAAUGGAUCGAUCUGGAACAGGAUCUCAUCGUAGGAUGUCGAUAUCUCAUAAGACGAGACUUGAGGACAACAACGGUGAAGUUUAUGAUUCACUUAGCAAUGCAAGUUUAAUGGAGAUUGAAACCCGAUCUCGGGGUCAGACUCCUAGUGGUUCUGGAAAUGGUAUCAAGCCACGUUUAAAAGAAGUCAGUAAUGCUUUGACAACAUCUAAAGAGCUACUAAAGAUAAUCCACCGAAUGUGGGCUCAUGAUAAUCUUCCAUCAUCUAGCAUGUCACUUAUAUCCGCCUUGCAUACUGAGCUAGAACGUGCGCGUCUUCAGGUCAACCAAAUCAUCAAAGACCAACAUGUUGACCAUACUGAAGUCAACUACCUAUUAAAAUGCUUUGCUGAAGAGAAAGCUUUAUGGAAAAGUAAAGAAAGAAGAGCAAUUGAAACUGCCAUUGAAUCCAUUGCUGGUGAGCUGGAAAGUGAGAAAAAGAUGAGACGAAGAUCCGAGACCUUAAAUAAGAAACUUGGACAAGAAUUAGCAGAAACAAAGGCUUCCUUUGCCAAAGUUCUAAAAGAACUUGAAAGUGAGAAACGGGCUCGUGAGAUUAUGGAGCAAGUGUAUGAUGAGUUAGCUGUUGACAUUGGUGAAGAUCGGGCUGAAGCAGAAGAACUGAAACGUGAAUCAUUUAAAGUUCAUGAAGAAGUUGAAAAAGAAAGAGAAAUGCUUCAACUUGCUGAUAAAUUAAGAGAGGAAAGGGUUCAGAUGAAAUUAGCAGAAGCUAAACAUCAAUUUGAGGAAAAAAGCGCAAUUGUUGACAAAUUAAGGAGUCAACUCGAAGCAGUUCUUGGAACAGGUAAGAAAAAAGGACGGAAAGAUGAAGAUUUGAUGAAUUAUUUUAACAGAAGUAAUUGUGGUGGGACUCGUUUGAACGAAGAAGAUGAUGGUGAAAUUGAGAAUGAAGAAGAUUCAGGGGAGAGUGAUCUUCAUUCUAUAGAACUAAACAUGGAUAAUAAUAAUAAUAAUAACAAGAGUUUUAAGUGGCCUCAUGGUCAUAAUCAUCGUAAAGAUUUGGUUGAUGAGGAGAUAAAAUGGAGGAAUUCGUCCAACGGAAAAGCAUCUAGAAAAAGUACUUCUUCCAUUCGAAAGAACAUUUCAGAUGGAAAUGAAUGGGGUAUUCAGGGAAGUUUUACUGAAAUUGAGAAGCAAACUCCAAGAAGAAGUCAUGGGGAUGAUUUGCAGAGAUACAAGUCAGUCGAAAGUCUUAGGGACCGGAUUUUGACCAAUUUAAAGUCAAGAGAUUUUGACAGUUCUGGUCAUGGGAGUGGGUCAAAAUCGAGAAGUGAAACCUUCAAUGGUAGACGUUCUAAAAAGUGAGUUCAACUUCAACGUCAACCCAGUGUCUAACGCUUUUGUUAAUCAUAUAUGAUCAUUAUUGGAGAAAUUGGACCUAUGCAACAGAAUUCAAGAUGAUCAAUUUGGUAAGUAAUUAAUUUACUUUAUAUUAAUUAUGUUGCAAAUUUGCAUGCUAUCAGUUUCUUAUAACUGCUAGACUUUGCAAAACAUGCUAAACAUUUACAAAUUUUUUCCCAUGAAUCUGUAGUAUAGCAAUGUCAAAUUUUGUAGAGUUGUGCCAAUCCAAGUGAUUCCCUGUACAAAACUUAUCGUUUAACGGUAACUAUAUAUAUGUUGUGCUUAAAUAUUAUGAAGAA